UUUUGAUUCCAUUCACUAGAGCAUUUUUGUCUAUCAAGCAGUCCCCGACGGCUUGUUGUUUACGCCCAGGAGCAAGAAGUCUGUUCAAGAAUGUCGGCUAUGCACGAUUUCCGCCCAGUGCGCACAACGUUGAACUUUAUCAAGGUGAAGGGAGAUGGCUCGGAUGAUCUCGUGUCGUACAUGGACAAGCCCGAGACGCAGGUAAAGCCCUUCGACACCAGGGAGGUGACGGUCCACGAUGUCAGUGGUCAUGAAGACCAUUUCACACUGGAGCGGCAUGGCUUCCAGUGGUUUCGUCACACUUCGCCGUUCAAGGACUUUGACGACGAGCGCCUGAUUAAAGAAGUCUACUAUCCAGAAACGGAGGAGCUGCUGCGCGAAUUGCUAGGUGUGAAGCGGGUGAUCGCGGCGAACCAUAUGGUCCGCCGUGGUGACCGAGUCGACCAUCCGGCAAAGCCCUGUCACAAGGUGCACUUCGACUCUUCCAUAUCGUACGCCCACCAGCUCCUUCACGACUUCUUCCCCGGCGAGGCCGACGAGCUCAUGAAGUACCGCGUCGUCAUGGUCAACGCCUGGAGGCCACUGGCGCCCGUCUUACGGGAUCCUCUAUGCAUCGGCGAGGCCCACAGCGUGCCCCCCGAGGACGAGGUCACGAUCAGCAUCCGCCACAGCACGGAUGAGACCAUCCCCAAGAUGGAGACCAACGAGGUCCGGUACGGCGAGGGCCACAAGUGGUUCUACAAAUCAGGCAUGACGCCCGACGACGUCCUGGUCUUCAAGACCUUUGACAGCAAGACGGACGGCAGGGCUAGAAGGGUGGCGCAUUCCGCAUUUGAAGAGACUCCCUCGGCCGCUGAUGGGUUGCCCGGAAGGCAAAGCAUUGAGCUGCGAGCGUUUGUAUUUUACGAAAGCGAGACUUGGGACUGAAAAUCAUAGCCUCGAUGCCGAUACGCAAGAGACACAAGACAUGGACUGUGGCCCGCAUGGACGGGGAAUCAUCUGGCCGGUUUAGUUGCGUGCUGCCCUUUGACGUAGGCUCACAUGUAAAGCGAGGCGACCUUCAGGCUCGCAUCGUGGACUUUGGGCCCCAAAGAUUAGCUAGCAUCCAUGUUAUCUCCCCGAAAGGAGAAAAGAAAAACAAGAAAGAAACGCAAUGGAAAACAUUGGCAGCGAGUCAUGUUGAUAAACGACAAAUCGUUUGUUGAGUAAACAUUCUAUUACCAGCUUAGGAUCACCUUCCGGAGGUGUGUAAAGUUUAAAAC